CCGGGCGGUCAGCGGCGGCGGGAAUUUUCGGAUGUGUUCGCUGCGGCCGGGAGGCAGCGGUUGGGCUGAACCCAACUGGCGGCGUGGGCGGCGGAACCGGGAAGGAGAGUGCGCCGCAGACCCCUGGGCUCCCGCCUGUGGCUUGUAGAGUUGCCGCCUUCUUUCCUCUCCUACUCCCCCGGAGCUGCGGGGAAGCAUGGAUCGGUACCGGCCACGGCUGCACCCCGCGGCGCAGGGCUCGGCCGCUGGGGCCCCGUAUCCCUCCUCCGCCUCGUCCCGCAGCUGCCGGGACAGCAAGAUGCCGCGCAGGAAGGGCCCCCAGCACCCUCCGCCGCCCGCAGGCCCCGAGGAGCCUGGAGAGAAACGCCCUAAGUUUCAUUUAAAUAUUAGGACACUGACGGAUGAUAUGCUGGACAGAUUUGCCAGCAUAAGAAUUCCAGGGAGCAAGAAAGAAAGGACUCCACUUUCCAACCUGAAGACUGCAUUUUCAAGCAAUGAUUGCUCUUCAGAGAUGAAUGAAAACAUUCUAAAGCCACUGUCAGAGAAGGAACUCUUAGAGCUUUUUGAAAAGAUGAUGGAAGAUAUGAAUUUAAAUGAAGAUAAAAAGGCACCAUUGCGGGAAAAGGACUUCAGCAUCAAAAAAGAAAUGGUGCUGCAGUACAUUAAUACUGCUUCCAAGACAGGAAGUGUUAAGAGUAGUCGACAGAUCUCACCUCAGGAAUUCAUCCAUGAACUGAAGAUGGAGUCUGCAGAUGAGAGGCUCUUCACAUGCCUGGAGUCCCUCCGCGUGUCUUUGACGAGUAAUCCCGUGAGUUGGGUGGAGAGCUUUGGACAUGAGGGGCUUGGAUUGUUACUGGACAUUUUGGAAAAGCUGAUUAGUGGCAAAAUACAAGAAAAAAUUAUAAAGAAGAAUCAGCACAAAGUCAUACAGUGUCUAAAGGCCUUGAUGAACACCCAGUAUGGCUUGGAAAGAAUUAUGAGUGAAGAGAGGAGUCUUUCUUUGUUAGCCAGAGCCAUUGAUCCUGAGAAGCCCAUUAUGAUGACGGAUGUAGUUAAACUCCUUUCUGCAGUGUGCAUUGUAGGGGAGGAAAACAUCCUUGAAGAAGUUUUAGAAGCUUUAACAUCAGCUGGAGAAGAAAGAAAAAUUGACAGAUUUUCUUCUAUUGUGGAAGGUCUUCGGCACAAUUCAGUUCAAUUGCAAGUAGCAUGUAUGCAGCUUAUCAAUGCCCUUGUUACAUCUCCUGAUGAUUUGGACUUCAGGCUUCACAUCAGAAAUGAAUUUAUGCGUUGUGGAUUGAAAGAGAUAUUGCCAAAUUUAAAACGUACUAAGAAUGAUGGCCUGGAUAUCCAACUUAAAGUCUUUGACGAGCAUAAGGAAGAAGAUUUGAUUGAGUUCUUCCAUCGCCUCGAAGAUAUUAGAGCUGAACUUGAUGAAGCGAAUGAUCUUCACAACAUGGUGUGGAACACAGUUAAGGAAACCAGAGCAGAGGGAUAUUUCAUUUCAAUUCUGCAGCAUCUUUUGCUGAUUCGAAAUGAUUAUUUUAUAAGGCAACAGUACUUCAAAUUAAUUGAUGAGUGUGUAUCCCAGAUUGUACUGCAUAGAGAUGGGAUGGACCCAGACUUCACAUAUCGGAAAAGACUAGACUUAGAUUUAAGUCAGUUUGUUGAUAUUUGCAUAGAUCGGGUGAAACUAGAAGAGUAUGAAGAGAAAGUAUUAGAACUUAACAAGAAAAUUGAAAAAGAGUUUACUGACCACCAAGAAACUAAGGCUCAAUUGCAGGAAAAAGAGGCAAAGAUUAAGGAGCUUCAAGCAGAGUUACAAGCUUUUAAAUCACAGUUUGGUGCCUUGCCACCUGGUACCUAUUUGCCUUCUUCAAAAGAAAAUGGAACUGGCCAUGCAGCACUUCCUCCACCGCCUCCACUGUCCUCUUGUGGAGGCUUGCCCCCUCCACCCCCACCUGCACCCCCUCCCCUUCCAGGAAUGCCCAUGCCAUUUGGUGGUGGUCCUGUGCCUCCACCACCUCCCCUGGGAUUUCUCAGUGGACGAAACUCUCCCCUACCACCAACCCUGCCUUUUGGGUUAAAACCAAAGAAAGAAUUUAAACCGGAGACCAGCAUGAGAAGAUUGAAUUGGUUAAAGAUCAGACCUCAGGAAAUGACUGAAGACUGUUUCUGGGUAAAAGCAAAUGAAAAUAAGUAUGAAAAUGUGGAUUUGCUUUGUAAACUUGAGAAUACGUUUUGUUGCCAACCAAAAGAGAGAAGAGAAGAGGAAGAUUUUGAAGUGAAGAAAGCUAUUAAGAAAAGAAUUAAAGAACUUAAAUUUCUAGAUUCUAAAGUUGCCCAGAACCUUUCAAUCUUCCUGAGUUCUUUUCGGGUGCCAUAUGAGGAAAUCAAAAUGAUGAUAUUGGAAGUGGAUGAAACACGGUUGUCAGAGUCUAUGAUUCAGAACUUAAUGAAGCAUCUUCCUGAUCAAAAACAGUUAAAUUCACUGUCGCAGUUCAAGAGUGACUAUAACAACUUAUGUGAACCUGAGCAGUUUGCUGUUGUGAUGAGCAAUGUGAAGAGACUACGGCCACGGCUCAGUGCUAUUCUCUUUAAGCUUCAGUUUGAAGAGCAGGUGAACAACAUCAAACCUGACAUCAUGGCUGUCAGUACUGCCUGCGAAGAGAUAAAGAAGAGCAGGAGCUUUAGCAAGUUGCUGGAACUUGUGUUGCUAGUGGGAAACUACAUGAAUGCUGGCUCCCGGAAUGCUCAAACCUUCGGAUUUAACCUUAACUCUCUCUGUAAACUAAAGGACACAAAAUCAGCAGAUCAGAAAACAACACUACUUCAUUUUCUUGUGCAAAUAUGUGAAGAAAACUACCCUGAUAUCCUCAAUUUUGUGGAUGAUUUGGAACAUUUGGACAAAGCUAGUAAAGUUUCUGUAGAAACCCUGGAAAAGAAUUUGAAGCAGAUGGGAAAGCAGCUUCAACAGCUUGAGAAAGAUUUGAAAAUCUUUCCCCCUCCUGAGGACUUGCAUGAUAAGUUUGUGACAAAGAUGUCCAGCUUUGUUAUCAGUGCAAAAGAACACUAUGAGAAACUUUCAAAAUUACAUGAAAACAUGGACAAGUUAUACCAGAAUAUAAUGGGGUACUAUGCCAUCGAUGUGAAGAAGGUGUCUGUGGAAGAAUUUUUGACUGAUUUGAAGAACUUCAGAACCAUGUUCAUGCAAGCAAUGAAGGAGAAUUUCAAAAAAAGAGAAGCAGAGGAAAAAGAAAACCGUGCCAGGAUAGCCAGAGAAUUAGCAGAGAAGGAAAGACUUGAACGCCAACAAAAGAAAAAGCGCCUAUUAGAAACGAAGACUGAGGGUGAUGAGACAGGAGUAAUGGAUAGUCUGCUGGAGGCCUUGCAGUCGGGGGCUGCCUUCCGCGACCGAAGGAGAAGGACACCGAAGCCGAAAGAUAUUCAGAGAAGUCUCAGUCCAGCAUCUCGGCCUGUUCUGAAAGUUUGUAACCAUGAAAAUCAGAAGUUGCAGUUGACAGAAGGGUCACAUUCACACUACAAUAUCAAUUGCAGCUCCACAAGGACUGCAGUCACCAAGGAGCUUAAUUAUAAUCUAGACACUCACACAUCUACCGAGAGGAUCAAGGCAGCUGAGAAGGAAGCCUGUAAUGUAGAAAGCAACAGAAAAAAGGAAAUGGAACUUCUUGGCUCUGUUUCUAAAAACGAAUCCAUUCCCGAAGUUGAAGCCCUGCUGGCAAGAUUACGAGCUUUAUAAAUUAAAGUGGUAAAAAUGAUUAAGCCAAAUAUAAAGCCGUGCUCUAAGCUAUACCACUUGAAAAAAUUGCUUCUUAUGUAAGUGACUUUAUAUGGUUUUAAAUUAUGAUAUAUAUUAGAAAAAUAAAACUCAAUACAUGAUUGCAGUGCUUUUCCUACGUACUUGAGGUCUUGGCUUAUUCAAGAUUGUAAUGGACUUUAAUGCUCUUUUUGUCUCCUGGUGUUCAUGUGUUCUGUAUUUGGUGGUUGAAUUUUUAUAUAAUGCUUUAGAGAGCAGGUAGGUGGCCAUGUGUUCAGCAGUGUGUCCUUAAGAAAAUACCAUCUUCCCAAGUCACUGUAGUUCUUACUUUAGUAUUUUCCAACAUUCAUGAACAUCAAAUCAUCAACCUCAAGUCUUGCUACAUACCCAUGUAUAUUUCAUUUAUGUUAUUUAUAUAGGCCCAGGUUUCUCUUUAAUUGGGAUCUGUAUGCUAUCAGCAUACAUGGAAAACAUAAAACUGAAUAUAACAGCUAUGAGGAAAUGGUUGGUGAGCUCAUUAUCAUCAUUGUUGAAUUCAUGUUAAUUAGACCCUGUAGGAGACUAUACAGCAAUUGAACACAGUUCCAAAAAUGAUAAAUAGGAAUAUAUGCUCUCUCUUUGCAAAAUGUACAUGCCUUUGUAUAAAGCGGAUGUACACAGUAUUACAGUGCUGCCGAAACUCUUAGCCGGGAGAGCAUUCCCCCCGCCCCCGCCCAGUAAUUAGGACUCUAAGAUCGAAUUGCCAUUUUGAAACUUCCCAAGUAAGGAAUUUUCAAAUUUCUGUGAACAAACUUGAAAUUGCAGAUUCUCUGAUCUGACAAUCAAUAACUUUAACAAAGAUCUGAAGUGUUUCAAGGAAAGCUUUCCUAUGCAAAUGUUGCAAUUUUACCUCAUUGGGGGCAUGAAAUUAACUCUGUUAAUUCUAUAUCAAAGAAAAUAAACUUGUUACUUGCACUAAAUGAAAAAAAUUGCUUCUUUUUUUUGUAAUUACCAUAUUCCAUGGAUUAGCUGGAAGCAGACUGUGCUCUGCAGUCUAUCUAAGCAUCUCUUCUGCUUUAUGACAUACAAUAAGCAAGUGACUGUUCUUUUACCUCCAGUUAAAAAGCAGUUACAUGGAACUAGUCUGCGAGGUCCACUGCCUUUUAUUUCCUUGUUUAUGUUGUCACCUCCUUUCAGCUCCAAGUUAAUAAAGUUAAUUAAUUAGAACUAUGAGCCAGGCCCUGGUUAUAGACAUUGGGGAACAGAGUGUUAUCCACAGCCAAGGUGGGAAUAAAUUGUUCUCAUCUGUAUUGCUGAAAUGUGCAUUUUGCCCUCCAGUUGCAAUUCCUGUUUUCCUGAGAGCAAAUAUUAAAAAUCAGGAAAGGUGAAAGACAUUUAUACAUUUAAGCAGAUGGAAGACCUAACCACAAGAAAAGAAGUUAAAUGAAGGAAUUCUGACAGUUCUUAACAUAAUGUUGCAAAGACUUGGGAUUUUCAGAAAUAAAACUGAAAUUCAACCCAGUAGUUUGGACACACCAGAUGGCAGGUAAAUACUCUGUCAACUUAGGGCCGGGGAGCAGACACAGGAGAGAAGCAGCCUGCCCAGUAAAGGGAAGUGAAGAUGACACAACCUCCCAGGGGCAGAGGAAGGCAGGGAAGUCCCAAAACUGAGCAAUCAGCCCCCAGAGCAUCUGUCUGCAGAGGCUGAAGGACAACCUUCAGGCGAGGGCCAGGAACCAGGAACUGUACACACCUGUACUGCCUCGCCCUCGCUGAGGGAGCCUGUUCCGAACAGGCCUGAAUAGGAAGGCUAUAGCUAUGAGGAGGAAAACACACAACAAAGAGUUGACAGAGGUAAGAGCCAACCAAGAAACAUUGGUUUCUGUUGCAGAUAUUUCUUUCAACAAUAGACAGGGGUUAUAAUUAGGGGUUUAAAAUUCAUAAUAUUCCUUUAGUCAACUACAGAUGGAAACUGUAGAGAUGACCUUUAAUUUGAAGGCAGACAUUGCGGUACAAGUGUGUGUUUCUGAGCAAACAGAUUCUGUUCAUUUGAAUUAGUGGAUAAAAGGCACACUGGUCAGUGCCUUGAUGAGGAUGUUCCAUCCAGGCUAGUGACGAGCCCCUUAUAGAUUCCCUUCCCCUUUCUCUCACGUCAGAGGAGAGAAUUGGGCAAGAACACAGACAACUAAGUGAUCACUGAGUGGUCCAAAAGCAAAGACUUGUUGCUAACAAGUUUCCCAAUCAAAUAUUUAAAGUAAUUUAAAAAUAAGGGGACAAUCUAAUCAUAUAUGCAUGUAUGUCCUUUUGUUAACAUACAUGAAUAUUUAAACAAAAUGUGCCAAACACCUAGUGUUUAUAUGAGGAAGUAAACAUUUCAGUAAUUUAUAUGAAAAAAAUUCUGCUAAAUCUAGAAAAUGCAAUUAUUUAUACCAAGUAACUCCAAAACUCUUUUAGUUGUUACCAUACAACUAAAACCAUUAUUCAAAAACAGGAGUUAUUAAUGACUUCAAAAUGUUAGUUUAGCCGCAAAUGAUUAUUUCCUGGGUGAUCCGUUCUCAUUUUAAAGUGUCAUAAUCCAAUGUAGAUCUGAGUUUACUAGUUAGAAACUAAAUCUAUAAUGUACAUAUCUGUGCUACAUUUCAUCUUAUUAAUUAAACUUUCAUUUAUAGAUAAACGGGUGGACUGGGAGCAUAUUUGGUGAUUAGUUUUGUGACAACCUUUUGUACAGAUGUAACUUUUGGAAAGUUGUAGGUCCUAAUAUAAACUGCUAAUAUGAAUGAAAAUUUUAAAAAGUGGCAUUCAUUGUCUUUUUCUUCAUAUUAAUUAUUAAAAAUUUUGAGAUCCAGGAAUUGUAGCUGGCAGUGACCCAGUCCUCAUUUUUGUCUGGUGAAUUGUUGAAUGGUAGCUGUUACAUGCCCUUGCCAGGCAUGACUGUUCUUAAAAUACGUCCUAGGGCCAAACUGUUCAAGCAUUUUGCUCAAGAGCUACUGUUUAGCAAAACACGUGGAGCUGCCAAAGAACCACAGAGACUGGAUGGCAUUUCAGAAUUGAAUCCAAAUCUCCCUAUAUAAUGAAAAUAAUGGAACCUUAAAUCAUAAAAAUUCAUUAUUCCUAAAUAGACCAUUGCAUUUUAAAAUAGGUAUGAAGGAAGAGCUUACAGCUAGGGUGGGGAUGGGGUUUGAGUUAGAAUGAAAGUUAGCUGUGCCCCGAAUUAGGGUUUGGCUGUGGUAGUCUCUUCGACUCCUACUCACCUAGUUAGAGUUGAGUGUCACAUUUGUCUGCAACCAUACUCUCCCUUCAGCAUCUCCAAGAGACAAGAACUUGAAAGGAAUCUUAAUUUAUUUCAGGAAACCUUAAAAUGAUAGAUUUUCCCCCCUCUACUAUACAUUUUGAAACUCCAGCCAUUGGAUAAAAAAUGUUUUGAAAAUUCCAGAAAUUGCCUCCUUCCAAUGAAUAUCACUAACAUGCUCCAGGUUCUGGCAGAUCUUAUGUUGUUAUACAUUUUUUAAGCUAUUUGAAAUAUAAAUUUUAUAAAGGGAUUCUGUUGAUGAAAUUAGAAGCUGAAUUUUUGGAUUAUCACUUCAGGACUGCCUAUUCAUUUUCUUUUAUAACAGCCU